GAACAGGAGUUGUGCUGCACUGUGAGGAAGGAUUUAUCAGGAGUGUAUCUCCUCUGUUUUGUUUCUUAUAUUUUCACAGGGAUUUAACUUUUUUACCCGGGGCUUUCAAAAGGGAUAGAUUCAACCUUUGAUACUAGCUAGUAAUUUGUUGAGUUUGUUCUUUUUGUAGUAAGGAGUCAGUUCAUAUACAUAUACAUACAUAUAAACCAUCCCAAAAAAAACCAGCUAUAGAUUAGAGACGUUAUUCAAUAGUGAAGUUUAUUUCUAAUGUGGAUAUUAAUUAGUGCAAUCGAGGAGCGCCGCAAGCAGUUUUCUGGAGGUUUCUGCUCGAUCUGGCAACCCCAAACAGGGCGCAGUGAUUUGUAGAGUCUACUGUACUUUUGGAAAACAGAGUCGCUGUGACAGUACACUCGUAAAGACACGACUGAGUAAGCUCGGACAGAAGAAGCAUGCUGGGGAGGUGGAAGAAAGAAGCAGGGUCGCUGAAUGAACAGCCCAAAGUCUGCGAGUCGAAGAGCAUUGAUCCUCUGAGGAGACUCGACCUGCUGGACGAUGAGGACGUGCGUGUGAUGCUGCAGGGUUCCAAGAUAGUGAAGGUGCGCUCAUCACGCUGGCAGAAACACCGCAUCUUCCGGCUGCUGGAGGACUGUGUCACCGUGUGGUGUGAGUCCAGCAAAACCUCCCACAAAGCCAAGAGACGCCAGACCUUCUGUGUGACAGAGGUGGAGUGUGUGAGGGAGGGCUGCCAGUCCGAGUGUCUGCGUAGGCUUGCCGAUUCUGUUCCCGAUUCUCACUGCUUUACACUGGUGUUUCGUGGCGGGAGGAAGAGUCUGGACCUGUGCUGCUCAUCACGUGAGGAGGCACAAUGCUGGGUCCGGGGCAUCCGAACUCUCAAAGACCGUGUCUCCAACAUGAGCCAGAAGGAGAAGCUCGAUCAUUGGAUCCGGAGCUAUCUGAGACGAGCAGAUCUGAACCAGGAUGGAAAGAUGAGUUAUGAUGAAGUCCAGCACCUGCUCCAGAUGAUCAAUAUUGACCUGAAUGAGCAAUAUGCACGCACACUCUUCAAGAAGUGUGACCGCUCCCAUGACAACCGCUUGGACCCUGUAGAGAUUGAGGAGUUUUGUCGGGAGCUCAUGCGCCGACCUGAGCUGGACGCUGUGUUUCGUCAUUACUCCAGUAACGGCUGUGUGCUCUCUACGCUGGAGUUGCGAGACUUCCUGGGUGAUCAGGGCGAAGGAGCCACACUGGGCCACGCACAAAAACUCAUCCAUACCUACGAGUUCAAUGACUGGGCCCAGAAGAACCUGUUUAUGACUCAGAACGGAUUCACCAUGUACAUGCUGUCGAAUGAAAACGACGUGUUCAACCCUGAUCACACUAAUGUGUAUCAGGACAUGACGCGGCCGCUGGCCCACUAUUAUAUCUCCUCCUCUCACAACACCUACCUCACUAAAGACCAGGUGACUGGAGAGAGCAGCACAGAGCCUUACAUCAGGGCUUUGAAUCAGGGCUGCCGCUGUGUCGAAUUGGACUGCUGGGACGGUGAUAAAGGCGAGCCUGUGAUCUACCACGGACACACACUCACCUCUAAAGUAUCUUUUAAGGAGGUCAUUGAAACUAUUGCUCAAUAUGCCUUCAAGGUGUCUCCGUAUCCUCUGAUCUUGUCUCUGGAGAAUCAUUGCUCUGUGGAGCAGCAGGCUGUCAUGGCUCAGCACCUGCGCUCUAUCCUGGGUUCAGCUCUACUCUCCAAACCCCUCAGUGACCAGACACUCAAUCAACUACCCUCACCAGAGGAGCUGAAGGGCCGAAUACUGGUGAAGGCCAGGAAGCUGACUGGUCAGUUGGAGAAGUUAGGCAGUUCGGCCAGCUUCUCAUCCAACUCCGAUGAGGAAAUCGGGGGCAGCAACAAAAGCCCCAGCAAGAAGGAUUCUGGGAAGCCAGUCAGCUCUUCUAAGAUAAGUCCCGAACUGUCUGAGUUGGUGGUGUAUUGUCGCAGUGUGCCCUUUCCCGGAUUUGAUGCGGCCAGUCAGAGACCCCCGAGUGAGAUGUCUUCUUUUUCUGAGAAUGAAGCUCUCAAGCAGAUCAAAGACUCAGGAAAUCUUUUUGUGAGACACAACAGUAGACAACUGAGCCGGAUUUACCCAUCAGGCCAGAGGCUGCAGUCCUCUAACUACGACCCGCAGGACAUGUGGAAUGUAGGAUGUCAUAUGGUGGCUCUGAAUUUCCAGACACCAGGGGAGCAGAUGGAUCUGAACCGGGGUCGUUUUCUGCCCAAUGGACGAUGUGGAUAUGUGCUUAAACCGGACUUCCUGCGUCAGCCAAAUUCCAACUUCAACCCGGAGAACACCGGAGGAGGCCCUGGGCACAUACCCACUCAACUCACUAUACGGGUGAUUUCUGCUCAGCAGUUACCCAAGAUCAACACAGACAAGCCUAACUCUAUCGUGGACCCUCAAGUUUGGGUGGAGAUCCAUGGAGUGUCUAUUGAUAAGGCACGUGCCAAAACUCACCGCAUCAACAACAAUGGUUUCAAUCCACGCUGGGAUUGCACACUGAGCUUCCAGCUGCAGGUCCCAGAGCUAGCGUUGGUACGCUUUGUGGUGGAGGAUCAUGAUCACACGAGCAAGAACGACUUUGUUGGCCAGUUCACUUUACCCUUCAACAGUCUACGCAUAGGUUACCGUCACAUUCACUUAUUGAAAGCAGACGGCUCGAGCCUUUCUCCAGCUACACUCUUCAUCCAUGUGAAGGUUACACGUCGAGGAGUGCCCAUUAAAACAGUGUCAGAGCGCAUGGGGAAAGUCUGAAACCCUCCAGAGCCUGAGCCGUAGGGAUCCCAGAUUCUCAAGACAUCCAAGGUGGAUUAAGAGGAGCAGGAGCAGCCCGGCUCCCGAGCCUCCCUCCCAAAGAACCACACUGAUGACACACAUGAGCCGUGUAACGUCCAGACACAACCUGCAGAGUCUGCAGUUUUCGAGAGUGUCUCUCGGCACUGACGUGGCUUUGCCGUAGCCAGGGUUUUCUGACAGGCUUUUAGACUAGAGCUGGCUUCGAUUGACAUCUGUUACUAUGAAUUCUUGCUGUUUUCUGUUUUUCCUAGACGAAAGUUGCAUUAUGUGGUCGGAUGUGCUUUCUAUGCAAGUUUCCAUAAAGAUAGAUGCAACAUUGCCAGACUGAGAUUUUUACCCAGUCUGACAACUUUUACACAAUGUUUUUAGCUCAACUGUUUUUUUUCUUGUAAUUUAACAUCUAAUUUUAUUUCCACUCAAAAAGUGCCUGAUAACGUACUGUUUAAAGGAUGUUCAUAAGUGUUACCAUACCUGCCAUUCUGUAGUAAUCCGUGAUGUAUAGAAUAAGUGGAUGUAAAGAUUCUUGAGCCAAAUGUCGUGAGGCUAAAAACUGAGCUAGCAUGUUGGAAAAAAAGUGUUAUGGGAAUGUUGAAAGGCAGUUAACCAAGAAAUGACAAAAUUCUUCACACAAGGAUUUUAUUAUAUGAAGUCGAUUCAGUCAGACGUUCAGCACUUUAUAACACACUAUAGAAGUGAAUAUAGUUGACGGAUUAAUUAAAAUUAAUCAUGUAACACAAAUCAAGACCGUGUGAGUAUGAGGGUAGAUUAGACUUUAGUUAUAUGAAGGUCGUCUCUGUUUAAACUGACUGAGGAUUAAAACUUAAUGUCUCACCCUGUGAGACUACAGAACUAUAAAACUUGCCAUUGUUUGCCCUAACCCUACUUCUAUCCUGUGGGUUGCCCUUAAAGAGAAAGGGACAGAGCUGAGCUCAUUUCCGAUCCGGAAAAAUGUCAAUGAAUGAAAGGAAACUAAUCAGAUAUCCAUGGCAAGAUUAUUAAUCACAGUUCAUUAAUUAUAUUUAAAAUGAUUGUUAUACAUUAAACAUUUCACAAGUCACGUUACAUGCUAAGGAAAAUGCUCCCAUGUCGAACGAUCCGGAUGAGCAGAAGCAAAUAUGAAGGACUGAAAUCAUUUAUUUUAUUUUAUUUUUGUUAAAUCAUACAUUUUAAAUGAAGACUACAUUUUAUGUGAGCACAUGAGUGGGAUUUAACUUGUUAACUGAACUGCCAUCACUGUAAAUAUUUCUGUGAAUCCUGUCACCAAAGAACAAUAUGCAAAAUUGAAAUGAAGUUAUGACGGCUAUUUCUAAUAGCAUUAGGCAGGAUUGCUUUUCUGUACCCAGAGGACUGUAACUUAACAUAGAACAAAUCAGAAGUGAUGUUAAACAUGGACUACUGCACUUAAUGUCAUUAAAUGUGCUAAAACACAAAUGUGCUAUUCUUCCACAGCUGUAAACUUCUUAUUUUUACCAACUGUUGUGUAACAGAUGUUUUAUAAAGCCUGUACUUUCUAUGUUUAUAGUGAAUUACAUAUACAUACAUACAUACUGUAUAUACUGUAUAUGUACCUAGAUGCCUGACAUUGCCUUUUUUUAAUGACAUUUUUAAACUCCAAUCUGGACAAGCACCAGGUCCUAAUUUAAGGGUUUUUACAUUUCUCAUGCGCUAAUCACAUGCUGGUCAGAUUUGUGAUAUUUUUUAAAUAACUGUAGACAAAAAUGCAUGUUUACAUUUUAUAAACUGUACCAUUUUAUAACCU